CAGGAGCUGACUGUACGCUUGUAGACUAAAACCAGGGCAUAACGUGUAUACCGUUGACAAAGUUAAAUCAGUACUACGCUCGUCGACGAUGAUAAUUAGCGUCUUCAAUGUCUUCCAAAUAUGCCUACUCGGUGAAACAAGAGUCGACGUUGGACUUCAUCUGCACAUCUGGACUUGCACCAGCUGACUAAUGUGACUCAAAGCACAAACCUGGGACAUUUUCUCAGGUCAAAACUGAGUCAUAACUCGCUGAAGUAAAUGGAGACAAUAAAGAACACCAAAGUAGGGGUCCUGUCCUGGACCCCAGCACCUGCGCGCAUCUCACCCGCAAGCUCUUUAAUGUCUGAGGAUGACACAGAUGAACAAGAUUGCAACUUUUUUAGCCAGAUGGACGACAAUGGCAUCAUUAGACUGACAGACGCACUGGUGGAUGAGAUGCAUGAGGACAAUGGAAUUACAGAAUGUCAUCCAGCUUUCUCUCCAGUACCUCCCAGCCCAGAGGACCUUGAUGGGUACGAGAUAGAUGUGCUUCCCGAGGAGCAGAUUUCUAUCCUAAAUGAUCAUCUAGAGAAUGUAGACCUACUGGCAAACGAUGAUGAUGAAGUCUGUAUCUUAAGACAACAAAGUGAUCAUGAAGACGAGGAAAAAGACAAGAUGACGACAAAAGAAGUGCAGAGUACAGAGGAAGACACAUGUAUAGGCAAGGCUCAAGAGGAAAGAAAUGGGUCAGGAGAGGGUGAGAGAGUUUUCCGCAAGGAGACAGUGAGUAAUGAUAAAGAAACGUCAGAGAACCAAUGUUUUGAGUCGCCAUUUUUGUUCCUGGAAGCUAAUGGCGACUGCAAACCUCAAUGUAUAACAUACAAGGCCUUAUCAUGCCCCACUCUCCUCCUUUCCUCCCACCUGUGCCCUUUUACUGCUGAGGAAAGUACUGUGGCUGCAGGAAUUGACAUUGAAACCAUUCCAGAUAAGGAAUUUCCAGAUAGUCCUCUUGAAACAAACAGCGCAAUGAGCUGCGUGUCCAGUCCUCGUCACCAUCAGCAAAAGUCUAAAAAAGAAGAAGAAGAAUUUGAAGACACGACUAUUUCGGAAUAUCAGCACAGUACUGUCAAUGAGCAUUCAAAUAAGGGUCUUAAAAAGCUCACUUUCUCACCCAGGCAAAGGUCACCAUCAAAGGACCGCUUCCAGUCUCCAAGAAGAGAUAAUGAAUCAAGAAAAGGCUACCCUAGCCACGCGAUACCAGAUUUAUCUAAGGUAAAGUCGAGGGUCUCAUUCCCUAAAGGGGAUUACAAGCCACCAAAGAGCAGAUGGUCCACCAACAAUUCUCCAAAGUGCUUGACGCCUGUUGUCUUUAAAUCUCCUGCUGACAUCGUGAAAGAAGUCCUACUGAACACGACUGAUGGCUCUCAAACUCUGUCAGACUAUAAUAAAAGAACAUCAACCGGUUCUCCAAGCUCCACGGUACCUCAAGAGUUUCGAUGUCAACACAAGGCCCAUAUCUUGGCUGAACAGCUGCAGGAGGACUAUAACAGACUGCUGACUAAAUAUGCCGAGGCAGGGAACACCAUUGACCGUCUACGUCUGGAAGCCAAGGUUAAACUACACUCUGACCAACCCAGGCCUGCUCAUUUUGACCCAUCAGGAUUAUAUUUUGAGCCCUCAAAAAUUAUGAGACUGGAGUUUCCUCAGGCUCAGAGAGCUCAGCCCAGCCCCGGUUCCCCACCUUCCAACGAACCCAGUAGCCAAAGAUCUACUUGUGGCCUAUCAUCUUUAUCUGCCUCCAUCUCAAAUAUCUCAGAUUUCCAGGGAGGUCCGCAAGUGGCCAGUACGCUCUACGCUCAGGCCGACGGACUCCUCCAGCAGCUGCAGCGUUUUGAGGAGCAGCUAAAGUGCAAAAUACCAAAGGGGACGGGUCUCUCAACGCUUUAUGAAGGACUGGACUCUUUAGAAAAGGGAUACCUGUUGGCCAAAAAAGAAAAGGAAGGAACAGCAAGUGGCCAUUUUGACCCUAAUCGAGAACUGGAGGAGUUCAUCUAUCAGUGUGGGCUGCAUCUGGACGCGCUGAAGGAGAAGGUGGAACAGAGAGCUGAUGUCGGUCAUCCUCCUCUUACCGCCACAAAAUCAUCUUCUGAUGAUUUGCACUCAGAGAACCAACAUAUGAUUGAUCCAACAGAGAUUACUGAAAGCAGCAGUGAUGAGACGAAAGGAACUGAAUGGAACCUGAAUUCUGCUCACCUCAACCAAAAAUGUGAAAAACAAGCCGUAAACGUGAAUCAGACUUCCACCACACCUGUAAGUCACCCUGCUAAUGACAGGAGGAGAAAGAAGAUUGAGAACUCCUGCAGCAGCAGUUUGAGCAGUCUUGGAGACAUUACUGCAUCUGAGAAGAAGUGGUCCAAACCACACAAUGAGAUCAGGAGAGCUUUUUAUCAGGAUAGGAUCGUCUCGCCAGGGACAGAUAGUGGGUUUGUCGGUUCAGAGACAAGUCAUCAGACGCCGGGUUUGGCUUCCAGCUCUCUCCGCCAGAAAACCUCAAGUAGGCGUGCCAGUGUUUCCGGACAUCAGGAGGUGUGCUCAGUAAAACCUCACAAGAAUCAUACUUCAUCACCACCUUUGGGCUCCUCGCAUUCAUGCAGCUCCACAACAACAAAACAAAGAGAAUAUUUCCAACAAGAGUCGGGAAGAUCUUGUCAGGAUGAGAGCAGACAAGGCCAGUGGGUCAGUCAGGCAGAUACUACCAGGAUUGACAGUGAAACCGCCCAGACGGCGUCUGAAGACACACAAAGUGUCCAGUACGACGACUCCCCAUCUUGUUCCUCUCCAAGUCCGUCAUCCGCCUCAGCGCUUAACCGUUGCAGCGGCGACGCUCUUAAAACACUGAAAUCUAGACAGGCAGUGAUUCACAACGAUCCAAGUCGAUCCCGACAGACCAUUUCGGCCAGACCAAAGGAGAGGCGUGAAAGAACAAAGGAGUCUAAAGCAGAUCAUUUGUCUCAGCGAAACUGCACUAAACAACGAACUUCAACACCUUUGUUCAUUUCCCUCAGGUCUGUGGAGCCAUCAGUUGAUCGAGACGACAGUAGCCAAAAGACUUGGACGAUUGUCGAGGAUGAGGUGCAGAAGGUUGGGAGACGCGCAGCCAGGAGAAAAUUGCCAUACAAACAACAAAUACAACCUGACUCGUCAACUGCGUCAGACCUUGAAAACUCAGCUUGUCAUCUGCUGGUGACGAGAUCUACUCAGACGUCAAUUGCGGUAGCUGACAGCAAAACUUCCAACACAAGUGUGCCACACGUCCACCACAUCAAGCAGGACCUCGCUAAGCCCGAGAAAGGUGAUAACGAAACAGGUGGAGCUCCUCCUUGUCCUCAGUGUUUGUCACGUCACAGUGGCUCCUCAGAAACUGGCGGCAACCUGAAGGCAACCCACUUCUGCUGCUGCCAUUGUCAUCAUGGUCCGUAUUGUGGAUAUCACGAUGCCAGGAGAAGAAGUGAGCCAGACUGUUGCAAGGACUCAAACGUCGCCCCGACCUCCAGCCACAAACCCGAGUGUCCCGGCAGGGUGGCGGCAGCCGCUGUGUGUCCCACGUCGCUGCUUCUCUACCUCCACCCUCAAGCCAUCCACAUGUACGCCAACAAUUCCAGCUCGCCCUCGAAGGAGGACAAACAAAGGUCGUCGCGACCCCCACAGCGGGUGGUCCCGCGGCGCUCCGUGGACGAAACUCUCCAGGAGGCCUGCAUCAUGCAGGACAAGUCCAAACACAUGCUGCGCGAACUGGAGGAAGGAAUGCGCCAUCUGGAGCAACAGUUCAAAACACACUAUUAACUCCACCUCGGAAUAAUCAGUGCCUGUAAACGUGCAGCUGGCAAGGACACGAAGCUGUGUGAGUCCAUCCAUCCCUGCCAUUUUCUACCGCUUGUCCCUUUUGGGGUCGCUGGAGCCUAUCUCACAUUUUUGACAAUUAGGUGAAAACAGCAAAUCAUCGCCUGCUCAAGGUUUAACAUUUACUUCCUCGCAUAUUCGCCAUUUUCUUUUCACUGCUCUAAAUUGUAAAUAUUUUUUUUUUAUGAUAACUUGAAUACAAAGUGGUUUGGGCUAAAGAGUGCUGCAUCUAUGAAUCCAGCAGAGGGCGGUGUCUCACAAGUCCAUUCAACAUUUUCAAGCAGGAAGAUGCUUUGACGAGAUGUAAGUGCACUUCUUCUAAAUACAACAGUUGUUAUUUUAUCAGUCCCUCCAGUAAAAAAAAAUGGCUAAAUUUGCAGCAGCUUUUUGAAAAGGUUGCGAUUUUAUUUAUUUUUUUAAAGGCCUAUUUUUUCAAUAACAUCUAACUGUUGUGAUUUUAUAAAUUUCUUAUCAUUGUUUUAAGUGUUACUUAUAACCUUAACCUAAAAAAAAAACUAACAAAAAUUGAAAAACAAUACCCUAUCGAAGUUCUACUCGUUUUAUACCACACAGAAUGAAAAGUAAACACUAGAUGGCAGUAAAAGCACAUACACAGAGCUCAUUGUCAAAUUAUUGUUCUGUUUAAAUUCAUUAUAACUAAUAACAAUAAUGAUUAAUAAUUAUGAUUACAGAGAGAAACACCACCAAAGGCUUCAUUAUCAUUCAUGUUGCAGACAUUCUCAGUGUAUAUUUUACACUUGAAAAGUGUUUGAUCAUCUUAAACAUUUAUGUUUUAACACAUUUAAGAGUAUUUGUGAACUGAUGAAAGUAAUCUAAGCUCAUUUUUAUUGGUAAAAUGAGAGACAAUGAGAGCUUAUCAUCACACUUUAACAUCGCACUCAUGUAAAUGCUGCCUUUUUGCAUAUAUUCUUACCGUAUUUUUCGGAGUAUAAGCCGCUCCGGAGUAUAAGUCGCACCGGCCGAAAAUGCAUAAUAAAGAAGGAAAAAAACAUAAGUCGCAUUUUUGGGGGAAAUGUAUUUGAUAAAACCCAACACCAAGAAUAGACAUUUGAAAGGCAAUAUAAAAUAAAUAAAGAAUAGUGAACAACAGGCUGAAUAAGUGUACGUUAUAUGACGCAUAAAUAACCAACUGAGAACGUGCCUGGUAUGUUAACGUAACAUAUUAUGGUAAGAGUCAUUCAAAUAACUAUAGCAUAUAGAACAUGCUAUACGUUUACCAAACAAUC